AUUUAGUAUACACACAUCCGGAAGCCCCACUCUGAAAUUGACCGAACGGGAUAGUACUUGGUGUGAUGGCGAGGUGAUGUGCCAGUCAGAGAAGUGAUCAGGCCAGAGCAGCCAUGACUGAGUGCUUCCUGCCGCCCAGCAGCAGCCCUGCAGAGCAGCGCAGGGCUGAGCACCCAGGGGGCGUGGCCCGCACCCCCAGCUCCGAGGAGAUCAGUCCCACCAAGUUCCCCGGAUUGUACCGGACCGGGGAACCUUCGCCGCCUCAUGAUGGCCAUCACCACGAAGCACCAGACGCCUACGUCUCAGAUGAUGACAAAGAGCACAGCAAGAAGAAGAACAAGUUCAAGAAGAAGGAGAAAAGAACGGAAGGCUACGCCGCCUUCCAGGAGGACAGUUCAGCAGACGAAGCGGAGAGCCCGUCCAAGAUGAAGCGCUCCAAAGGAAUCCACGUGUUCAAGAAGCCCAGCUUCUCCAAGAAGAAGGAAAAGGACUUCAAGGUGAAGGAGAAGGGCCCCAAGGAGGACAAGGCCAAGGAUAAGAAAUCUAAGGACCUGACGGCUGCAGACGUGGUUAAACAAUGGAAGGAGAAGAAGAAGAAGAAGAAACCGACGACAGAGGCAGAGCCAGUCCCAGUGGAGACUCCCACCUUCAGGCCCAUCUUUGGAGCACCUCUGGCUGAGGCCGUCAAGAGGACAGCUCUGUAUGAUGGUAUCCAGCUGCCAGCCAUCUUCAGAGAGUGUUUGGACUACAUUGAAAGUUACGGCAUGAAGUGUGAAGGCAUCUACCGGGUCUCAGGUAUGAAGUCCAAGGUGGAUGAAUUGAAAGCAGCAUAUGACCGUGAGGAGUGCCCCUGUUUGGAGGAGUAUGACCCCCACACGGUUGCCAGCCUACUGAAGCAGUAUUUACGCGAGCUGCCAGAGAACCUGUUGGGCCGGGAUCUGGCCCAGCGCUUUGAGGACGCUUGUGGGCGGCAGGUUGAGGCCGAGAAGGUGACGGAGUUCCAGAGGCUGCUUUCCGAGGUGCCGCCGGAGAGCCGACUUCUUCUCUCCUGGCUCGUCACGCACAUGGACCACGUCAUCGUCAGGGAGGCGGACACCAAGAUGAAUAUUCAGAAUAUCUCCAUUGUCCUCAACCCAACCAUACAGAUCGGGAACCGUGUUCUUUACAUGUUCUUCACACACGUGAGGGAGCUGUUUGGAGACGUGGUCCUGAAGCCGGUGGUGCGGCCACUCCGCUGGUCUAACAUGGCCACGAUGCCGGCGCUGCCCGAGACGCAGGAGAGCAUCAAAGAGGAGAUUCGACGACAGGAGUUCCUGCUGAACUGCCUGCACAGGGACCUGCAGGCGGGGGUGAAGGACUUAUCUAAAGAGGAGCGACUCUGGGAGGUUCAGAGAAUCCUGACGGCUCUGAAACGCAAACUGAGGGAGGCCAAACGUCAGGAGUGUGAGAGUAAAAUAGCCCAGGAGAUAGCAAGCCUCUCAAAGGAAGAUGUUUCUAAAGAGGAAAUGACUGAGAAUGAAGAGGAAGUCAUCAACCUCCUCUUAGCACAGGAAAAUGAGAUCCUGACAGAGCAGGAGGAGCUGAUCUCUCUUGAGCAGGUGCUUCGCAGACAGAUCGCUACUGAGAAGGAAGAAAUCGAGAGGCUGCGAGCAGAGAUCGCAGACAUACAGAGCCGUCAGCAGGGUCGCAGCGAGACGGAGGAAUAUUCAUCAGACAGUGAAAGUGAGAGUGAAGAUGAGGAAGAGCUGCAGAUGAUUCUUGAAGACCUGCAGAAGCAAAAUGAGGAACUGGAGAACAAAAACACCCACCUGAACCAGGCCAUCCAUGAGGAGCAGGAAGCCAUCUUGGAGCUCCGCGUCCAGCUUCGCCUCCUGCAGAGCCACAAACUGCAGCAGGAACUGACCGUCCAGCCGCCGGCCGAGCAGGCCCCGCCCGCGCAGUCGAGCCCAGAGCCCCGCAGCGAGGAGCAAAGCAAACGCUCUGUCGUGGCGGUGGCCGCCGGUGCAGACGCCGCUGCCUCGGCAAACGGCAAGGCUGCGAAGGAUCCUCCGAAGCCCUCACCGAGCAAAGACAGGAGAGACACCACAAUGUGAGAUGCCAUCUCAGUGAUGCAUUUGGUGGCUGCCGUACGUCUCUACCGCGGGUCAGUUGUCCUGUAGCGUCACUCAUUGUCCACUGGAGAUUACACUUUGCUGGAUCCGUGAGUUCGUCAGUAAUCGUGUCCACUGAGUGGCAGCCAUGGAAAAAUCUGUUAUCCUGUCUUUGGAAAUCAAAUACUUUGUUUUCCAUUUUCCAAUGCAAAACACAAAAAAACUAGAAGUAGAGUAGCUGCUGUAGUGACAACUGGCUACUGUUGAGAGAGACGAGGUGGACCAUACGAUCAAAAUCACAGUGCCAAGCCUGUAUUGGGGGGGUGAAAGGAGUCAUAAAGCAAGUAAGGGGGUGGAGGAGAGAGUAAGAGGUAGGCGCCUACAUGAUAUAAAGUUUAUUUUCUGCUGGUAAGGGCUCAAGAAACGAGAAUAGACCAGAUAUAAUCUCAGUCCCUGUAUCUCACUGUGCCCCUUACCAAGAUGCUAAUUUGACCUGUAAGGAUAGAGACCACUGUGCCAUAACUGAAGAUGCCAGACUGGAUACGCUUCCCCAGAGAACCACUAAUACAAAUGAUGAAGAAUGAAGAAUUUAUGAUUGGUCUGUCUAUAUAUUAUAUAUUUAAGUAGUAUUCUGAAGAAUACGGAUGACUAUUCAAGAAAUACGUUGAUUUUUAAAUCUCAGCUUUUUAGUAAUAUAUGAAUAUAUUAUAAAUAUAUUGUAGAUGCUUUCUUUUCUUUGAACAGCAGAUGCACAUAAACACGGUGUCGUUGCACCUCGCAGCUGACCAGUGGAUGAAAGCAUGAACGGACAACAAAAGUACAUUCAUCACUGCAGCAUGUAGACGAAAAGCUGGAGGCGGUGUUGUCGCAGUCACUCGGUGAAAUGACAUUUGCUCUGUAGUGCAAUCAUCUUCUCUGAUGUCGCUGCCUGUCUCGCACAAACAAGGAAACAUGGCAGACGACAUUAGUGCAGCUUUAUGAUGGAAUAACAAAUCUGUAGUUACGCUUCUUGUCGCCAAAAUGUGCGCAGAGACACGCAGGGGGCUUGUUUGGUUUUGUUGCGUAUUUGAUCGUAUUUUUUAACUCUUACUGCGUUAUUGGUGAUGAGUUAUUGUUCAUGGCAUCAGAUGGAAGUGAAUAAAAAAAACUCAAGAUGACAAGUCAAUCAUUUCAUUUCACAGCUGAUCCAUGGGUAUUGCAAAGUACUGUCAUUGUUCAGUGAUAUUUGAAGCAAAGGCAUGGCCUGACUUACUCACCGUUCGUGUAUAUUAUUGUAAAAUUGCAAACAUACUGUAUUUUCAGCUCUUAUGUUUUGUCAUGUUUUUUUUUUAUUGUUAAUGAUGGAGUGCGCUAGUGUGACUGCCCCUGCUUUGGUCACAGGCAAAUCAAAUCAAUCUCAUCUGGACUCAUGAUUCAACUCGUUAUUAAUCCUGUGACUGAAACAGAUUAAUGCUAGAUUGUGCUCAGAAGCUUCUCAUAAGGUUAUUUUCAUAUUGUCCCAAGCUUUUGCAGCUUAUUGUUGCAGACAGAAUAAUGCUGUGAAGAAUAAAGUGUCGAUCCGAAUAAUUUAUCAGAAUCUGUCUCUUUGAUACACAGCCAAAUGUUUACCUUUUCACUCAACUAUGUUGGCUGGAAGUGUGGUCCAUAUUUAGUACUUCCUAUUUUCCAUUACACAUUCUCUGAAUACUUUCCCCCCUCCCAGCCUAAUGAGGUUGUAAAUAAAACCUGUGCGUCCAUGUUGGGGGAGUGAGGCGUGUCAUUGUUGGGUUUUGACUCAGAAUCAAUUCUUAAUACCUAAGAGAUAGUGGAACCACCCGACUUUUUGUCAUUGCUUUCACUGGUUUCCGAUUUGGAAAGUAGCCCUGUCAAGUUGCACAAAAACAGCAAGAAAGAGACCGGAUAUAAGCAGAAUUGGUUUCAAAAUUAAAGUGUUGAUUUAACUUGACUGGCUAGAAAUGUGUUCAUGGUGGGGUGACCUUAGUCUGUACUUGUAUUUUGUCUCUCAAUAAUAAAA